AUGAUCGAGUCAACAGAAAAGAGGGAUUUCUCUGCCGGAUUCUCUGACGAGAAAGAACAAUCCGCCGCCCUGGGUAGUAGGACUGAAACGCAACUUACAGUCUCCCAGGCCCUCCGCUACUAUCGGCCCGCUGUCAUAUGGUCCGUCCUCAUCUCUUUGACUACGGUCAUGGAGUCCUACGAUAUCCAGAUCAUCAGCUCUUUCUACGCAUACCCACAGUUUCAAGAGAAAUACGGCGUUCAACUUGCAGACGGAAGUUAUUCAGUCCCCGCGAAGUGGCAGCUUGCCCUGAGUCUGAUCUCCCUGCUUGGCCUGGUGACUGGGACACUUGCGAAUGGAUACAUGUGCGAGAGAUUUGGACCGAGGAAAGUGAUCAUGGUUGCGCUUGUCUUUUUGACAGGCUUUAUUGCUAUCACUUUCUUGGCGCCCACGAUCGAAGUCCUACUGGUUGGGGAAUUACUCUGUUCAAUUCCGUGGGGUUUCUUCGCGGCAGCAGUUCCCACCUAUGCUGCAGAAAUCUGUCCAAUGGCAUUGCGAGGCUAUCUGACCACUUUCGUGAACUUGUGCUGGGUAGCAGGUCACUUGAUAGCGACCGGUGUCUUGACGGGGUUGGUCGAUCUUCCCAGCGAAUGGUCCUACCGGAUCCCGUUUGCACUCCAGUGGAUGUGGCCUGUGCCGCUUUUUAUUGUGGUCUGGUUCGCGCCCGAAUCGCCAUGGUGGUUGGUGCGCAAAGAGCGUCUAGAAGAUGCCGAUGCUUCACUCAAGCGGACAUUGUCUGCACCCGAGGGCGUGGUCAAUCGCCAGUCUAUCAUUGCUAUGAUGCAACACACCACGCAAGUCGAACGGGAGAUGCAGAUCAAUGGAUCCUACCGGGAGUGCUUCCAGGGGACAAACUCGCGACGAACGGAAAUCUCCAUGGUUAGCUGGGGAUGUCAGAUCUUGCCUGGGUGGGCCAUUCAGAACUAUAUCACGUAUUUUUUUACAUUGGCCGGGUUGUCGUCUGGGAGUUCGUUCAAGAUGUCACUUGACACGUUGAUCUUUGACUUGAAGCUGAUCAGUAUCUUACGUCGCUCGAUAGGCAUGUUCAGCCUUUCAUUUAUCGGCACCUGCCUGUCCUGGGUCUUCCAAGCCCGAUUGGGUCGUCGGACUAUUUAUCUCAUGGGUCUCGUCGCCAUGCUUCCUUUCAUGUUGCUCGUGGGGUUUCUCGCGCUGGCCCCGGCGUCAUCAGCGAUCCAAUGGGCGCAAGCUGCCCUGCUUCUCGUUUGGUUUUUCUGUUAUGGAAGCACUAUUGGACCUAUUCCGUAUGCCAUCGCGGCUGAGAUUGGCGCCAGCAAUCUGCGAACGAAGACUAUUGCUCUGGGCCGGGGAACCUACUAUCUUCUCUCCAUGGUCAACGCCGUGGUGGCGCCGUACAUGCUGAAUGCCUCAGAGGGAAAUCUUAAGGGCAAGGCUGCCUUUCCUGCCGCGGGCUUUACCAUCUUUCUACUGAUUUGGGCCUUCUAUCGGUUGCCGGAGACGAAGGGGUUAUCGACAGAGACCCUGGAUCAUCUCUUCCACGAGGGGAUAACCGCGAGGCGAUUUCGGGAAGAGGGCAAGCGAUUUCAAUAG